AUGACUGAAGUUCAAGGUCGCUCGUCAAAGAGACAAGAGAAGAUUGCUAUUGCUUUUACCUCUUCUUCUUCUGAUACUUUUUUAAUAAUUAUCUCAUCUCUCUUAACAUCUAUCAACUUUGUAUAUUUCACUUUAAAAAUAAAAGUAUUUGAAAAGGAAAGUAGUAGAAUCUUUCAACAUGUACAUUAUAUAUCACAAACAAAAUUGAUAAAGUUGGACUUUGAUCAAUUGUCUUUGAAAUACAGAAGAUCGUAUAUCUACAAUUACAAUCAGUUGGUUGAUGUAGAUUUGAUGAUCAAACAUGGUUUCAUCACCGUGUUAAAGGAAAAGAUUGAUCGUGGAGAGACACUCAACUUUUCAAAAGACUCUAUUCUAUUGGCUUGCUCGGUCAAAGAGGAGACCGGUCUCCUCCCCAACUCUCUCGAGUCAUCAUUGGUCUACAAAUUAUAUGAAAAACAUCCAUUACUGUUUAGUAGCAAAAAGGUUGUAAACAGAGUACGUGAUAUCGUCACUUUCAACUACCUACUUGAAAAGUUUGGCAAGUCAAAGAUCGACAUUGUCAAAUCAUUCCUCAAUGGUUUGAAAAAGGAGAAAUAUGAUCAAGGUGACAGGGAGUUAUCGGUCUAUUUAUUGGGACAGAUAGACAAUGCACGCACACGAUCUGAUUUAAAGUUUGAUUACGGUCAAUUAAAACUGGUGCUGCAUAGACAUGACAUUACUGGUAAUUGUCUAAAGUUGGCGUUACUUUAUGACAAUGAUUUGGUCGUCGACAAAGAUGUAUUUAUAAAGUCGUGGGAGAGUGCCUACUACAAAGCAGUGUCAGUGUCUGCCAUGUGGACACAAACAAGAGUAGAGCUGAUCGGCAAGCCAAUCACACCAAAUGUAUUCUUUCACUUGGCUUACCUUUUACCCGAGCAUAUUACCAGGGAUGGAUUGGCUGCCAGAGACCCCGUCCCCUUUAUCUCUCAUCUUCUCGGUCUCACCAAGCAAAACUGGAUCGAUACACCGGCACACGUACGCGGCGGUAAAAAGGCACUCAUCAAUGUGUUUAGAACACGUAGUGACGAGCACGCAUUUUCAGUUUACCAAUUCCUUGUCGAUGAAAAGUUGUUUGCCAACAGACCUGAAACAGUGCUAGAACCAAUCAAACUCUUACAAAUGUCCAUUUUCAAUUUUAAUUUGGAAACUAUCAGACAUUUAUUCAAUGUUUUGAAAACCAAAUACAACCCACAACAAUUGGAACUAGUACUAUUGGAUUCAUUGGUUAUCCCCAAAGAAGUGGUAGAGUCGAUCUUUAUCAAUCAAUCACAACAGGGUAUUAUCAAUACCAUCGACUUUAUCUUUACCAACCUUUGUAACCAUUUCAAUCAAUUCCAUUGGUUUUCAGUGGCUGCGCGUCUCGGCAACCUCGAGAUAUUCCAGUAUCUCCACUGUCUUCGUUUGCAGGCCGAGAUCUUUUCUCCCUCACACUUUAAAACCACUUUGGCCGACGAUGCUUUCCUCGAUGGUAUCAAUGACAACCUCGUUGACUUUAUUCUAAAGAACCGAAAGGAGAAGCUUGGUGAACCGUCACUCUUGAUGAUUGGACAAAAGGGGUCACUCAAACAACUCGCUCAAUUCAACCUCACCAUCGAAGAAUUAAAGGUUGUAUUGGGUCAAGCCAUCCGAUGUGGUAAUUAUCAAUUAGUUUUGCAUCUCCAACACCUUGCAGAUAUUGCUGAUAAUGACAAUGAAUUCUCCCAAAACAAUUUGUAUUUAUAUAUUAAAAGUUUUGGUGAUAUUAGAGUUUUACAGUUUGCAUUGGACAACAAAAAAGUAUUGGGUGAUAUUCCACCAAAUUUGGAUUAUGCACAAAGUGUGCAUAUGAAAGCCAUACAAAUGUCGCAAGUCUCCCUACUCUAUUACCGUGCAUUAAAGUCAAAUCGUUUGGAUGUUGCCAAGUUGUUGUAUGACAAUUAUAUAACUCUAUCAGUCUCAUCGUCUGUGCCAAUGCUGACUCUUCGUCGAGUUCACCAUUUAAUUUGGAUUGGUCGAUUGGAUGUCCUCACCUAUCUCGACUCUAUUGGAUUGUUAAACAAUUCUAUUCUCGAGGGAUUCGAUCUAUUGCACAGUGACUCUGUAUCUAGUAGUGUCAUUGAAAUGAUAGAGUCAAAAUAUGGAAUCAUUCCAAAUCGUCAAACUAAAAAGAUAGUAUCAACAACACCAAAUCAAUCAACACUAAAACAAAAAGAAGAGGGUAUCGAUGUAGAGAUGAAAGAUCAAAUAGAUACAUCAGUUAUUUCAAGAGUAUUUCAAAAUUCAUAUUUGGUAAAGAGUAUUUUAAGAUUUACUCAUCCAUUUGGACGGACUACUAUCCCAUGGAAAGAGGUGUGUUAUAACUUGGAAGAUUAUUUACAAUGGCCACGACGAUUGUGGGCAUACAAGCUCAAGACGCAACAACCAAUGUUUGUCACGUCCAAGGGUAUCCUCAGGUUUGUGACACAUUGCUUUGACGAGGAGUUGUUUGGACUCUUGUUUGGAAGAUACAAGGAUAUGUUUGACUGUCCGUCUGUCCUCAUCCAAGCUGCUCGAUUCGACAAUUUAAUGGUUGUCAAAGCAUUACUGCAAGAGUUUACUUUUGAUCCAGAGUAUUUCCGAUUUAUCGAUAUCGACACUCCCUAUAUCCGUCCACAUACAUCCAACGGUCCUCAAAUGCUUGUUCCCAACCAGAGAACAGGUUCGGCUCUCACCAUUUCUCACAACAAGUUUGGUUUGAUGUAUUUGUUUGCACAUUUCCAAAGAAAUGAAAAGGUGAUGGAACACCUCAAGCCCACCCCUCCAAGAACGACACUAUCCACACCCGAUCAACAACAAUUGACCGACCUCAAAAACAGAAUCAACUUGCGCAAAAUGGAAAUGCCAGCAGGCGGGGAUACAGAGUCCAACCAGCUACUUGAACACCUCCAUCUCCAAGCCGAUCGAUUACAACAAAUCGUUGACACUGAAAAUGCUUAUAGUAGAUUACCACAACAUCACGUGUCGGCAUUUGGUACAAAGUUUUUGCCAAACCGUCAACAAAGCAAAAGCAAAACCGUUCACCACUCUCCCUCCUCCUCCUCCAAGCCCACUAAAAAUCUUGAUGUGUUUGAUCUAUAUUAUGAUCAAAAGCAAAGUGCCAAACUUGUAAAUCCAUUUGAUAUAUUCUUUUCGCAGCAAUUGGAGACAAAGAGACCUAGUGUGAGACCGAACCAAGUUGACUAUACACGAGCACUCCAGAACGGAACCAUUCCAUUGCUCCGUUGGUUGUUUAACCAACAAAGUCCACCUCAAUACUCCACCUCGAACAUUUCGUCUCUAACCUUCCUCCUCCACAACCUAAGGGCGUACGAGAUACCCAACAACGUUCAAGUCAGCAAUACUUUGUUUUCAUGGUUACAAAAAAACGAACAUUUACUACUCGGUAAUCCACAACUCGAGAAUUCCAUUUUGAUGCCACGCGUCAACUACAACUACAACACGACCAAGGUUGUCUUUUUCAAGUCUCCAAUAACCAUCCAAUUCAAUGAUAAUUGUUUGCAACCCGGUCCUGAUAUGUUAAAGUUGUCCAAAUUGUACCUCUUUGCCAGUAUUAAUCCAGUCACCUUGCUCAACCAAGUCAUCCAAUCACCCAAUUCCGAAUCGACUGUACAGUUUUUGCUUGGUCACUUGUACGAGAAAUUAAAGUCACUUCCAUUUGCUCUGAUUGGUAAUGUCCAACCAAAGAUUGAGUAUGGUUUGGAUAUUGUCAAAGCUUUGAUGGUCGAAAGAUUAAAGGAAGAGGGCGAGGCAAAAGAGACUGAUAAACUAGGCUUCCACGUAAGAAGGGAGAGAUUGCAAGAAUGGCACCGCCAACAAACGGCCGAUUUACAAAAAACUUUCCAAACCCAAAUUCAAGUAUCUAUUGAUCAAGAACAAGACGAAAGAGCCAAAAAAACACUAUUGCUUCUUCACAGUCAACAACAUGCCAUUCAACAAAAUCUACAUCAACAACAACAAAUAGAAUUGGCUCUUCUUCAGCAACAAGAACUACAACAACAACACCAACAAAACAAUCCAGGUACAACCAUGGCCAGUCAGGCAUUUGGAGAUGGAGGUAGAGGUGGAUUUGGAGGUAGAGGUGGAUUUGUAGGUGGAGGUUUAUUGAGAGGUGGAUUUGGAGGACCUAUCAAUGCAAGACCAGGUCGGGGCGAACCAAGAUAUGGAUUUGGACGUACAACAACCAAUCCUUUGGAAAGUCAGUUUGUCACCAUUGCAACUUACCAAAAAGCACAACAGGCUGAUGGUGGAUUCGACUUGGACCAAUUUUUCGAUCAGUUGAUAUCAGGUCAUUUUGGUGAUACAUCCCUCCCCACCGCCAAAGCAGUCAUAACAAACUGUCUUCAUUUCUACCUGUCUAUUGGUGAUUUGCAAUUUGUUCAAAAGUACACACAGUUAUAUCCAUCGUUUGAUGACGUGCUCAAGAAUAGUUUGUCAACCUACCAACUUUUGCCAUCGGCCACUUGGGAGGUGAGAAAGUGGGUCUAUGCUAGCAAGGCCGAAAAACAACUGUCACUAGACUCUGAUCUUGUCGAUAUUGGUAGAAUGGGUGAUUUGGAACGUUACCAUCUGAUGGCCGAGGUUGGCACACUUACAGACGCCAACAUUGAAACAGUCCUCAAAGAAGCCAUCAAUUACUCUCAACUUGAGAUGUUGCGCUACUUUGAAGAGCACGGACCAAAGCCUUCAGACAUGAAGCCAGUUCACCGAGGAGGAGGAGGAGGUUCCUUUAGAACUGGGCCAAUGUCUGCUCAUACUCUCUUGUCGCCUCUCAUAUCAAAGACUCGUCCUGUUACCCAAGAGUUUAUCGAUUUUUGUAGCACCACUGGCUUGCUUAUGACCAAUUUAACUGUCCUCACUCGUGUCAUUGCCCUGUGUAAAUGGGAUCUAUUGAUGUUUUAUUUCAAAUACAACCCACAAACCAUCACUAACAAUUGGCAUGGAGUCGACUCUGUAACAGUCCACGAUCUCAAGACAAUCUUGGCAGCAUUCCCAGGUAUACAUAGAACACCUGAUCUUAGUCGUUUCGAAUGUUCAAUCUAUAUUAAAAAGAUUAUCAAUCAAUCAUUAUCUAAUCUCCCUCAAACUCAAUCUUGA